CACCUGGGACGCGCUCACCUGGGACGCGGUGCCCGGCGCCCUCACCUGGGCCAGGAUGAAGGACCGGCUGGAGCAGCUGAAGGCGAAGCAGCUGACACAGGAUGAUGACACUGACGAGGUUGAGAUUGCUAUCGACAACACAGCCUUCAUGGAUGAGUUCUUUUCUGAGAUCGAGGAAACUCGGCUCAACAUCGACAAGAUCUCUGAGCAUGUGGAGGAAGCGAAGAAACUCUACAGUAUCAUUCUUUCUGCCCCGAUUCCAGAGCCAAAAACCAAAGACGACCUUGAGCAGCUCACAGCCGAGAUCAAGAAAAGGGCCAACAACGUCAGGAACAAGCUGAAGAGCAUGGAGAAGCACAUUGAGGAAGAUGACGUCCGCUCAUCAGCAGACCUUCGCAUCCGAAAGUCUCAGCAUUCUGUCCUCUCCCGGAAGUUUGUGGAGGUGAUGACAAAGUACAACGAGGCUCAGGUGGACUUCCGUGAGCGGAGCAAAGGGCGCAUCCAACGGCAGCUUGAAAUUACUGGCAAGAAGACAACAGAUGAGGAGCUGGAAGAGAUGUUGGAGAGUGGCAACCCUGCCAUCUUCACUUCUGGGAUCAUCGACUCCCAGAUUUCCAAGCAAGCCCUCAGUGAGAUUGAGGGUCGGCACAAAGACAUCGUGAGGCUGGAGAGCAGCAUCAAGGAGCUCCAUGACAUGUUUAUGGACAUCGCCAUGCUGGUGGAGAACCAGGGAGCCAUGAUUGACCGUAUUGAGAACAACAUGGACCAGUCAGUGGGCUUUGUGGAGCGGGCUGUGGCAGAUACCAAAAAGGCUGUCAAGUAUCAGAGUGAAGCCCGGAGGAAGAAGAUCAUGAUCAUGAUCUGCUGUAUUAUCCUUGCCAUCAUCUUGGCUUCUACCAUUGGGGGCAUAUUUGCCUGAAAAAGAUGGAAUCUCAACAGGCAUGUCCUAUCUUCCACCUCUGUGGUGCCAUCACGUCUUCCCUUCAGAGUCUUCAUCAGCUAUGCCUCUUUUCAUUAGGACACUUACAACCCAGGGCACCAAUCAACUGCUUAUUAGCUGUUAAUUAAUGGAAAUGUGGAGUGGAAGGGGGUAGGGAUGAAAGAACAGGGAGCACAGCAAUACAGUUGGUUUCUAUGGCCCCUAAAGGACAGGCCUACAUGGUGGAGAAGCCUAAUGGGUCCCUGUAUAGGGUACACCACCGAGUCUGAAUGCCAGGAUGGUAGUGAAGAGGCAGGUAUUACAGCAUGCCCAACUCAACAGGGUCUUAACUGAACUCUAUGAGGCCAUCUCUCAGGUCAUGGUACUCAUUACUACUACUCUAAAGGCUCUUCAGCCUUAACCAACCAGUUGUCUACUUCCUUCUUCAGGUCCAAGAAGUUUUUAUGCAUAGAUUGUUUAAGGAUAGGUACCAUGCCUAUCUUAAACACUACCAUGUCCCUACUGCUUAGCACACACAGCACUUGCCUCUUUCAGGUAUCUGCUUACUUGUAGUAGCUUUGAUUCCAUUCAGGGAUGAGUCCUUGGGCUUGACUUUUAAACUCUUUACGGUGUCAUUAGAAUCAUGGGGUAUUAGUAUCAGAGCUGUAUGCAAAAAUAUGACAACUUUCCCAUUACCGUAUCAUAAAGUGUUUUUGUUUUGGGGGGUGAGGGUGGUAAGGUUGGUUUUCUAUUGGUGGUAUAAAUUUCUAUCAAUAGUCUCUCAUUUGGCAGAGAUGGUGGGUGGUCUCAGGAUGGAGGUUCAUUCACUAAAUUCAUUCCUCCAACAAAACAAAGAAGUUUAUCCUAUGAGUCAGCUUCCAAACCAGCAUACCCUUUUAUCCAGAACAACAGGAGAAAGUAUAAUAAGCCUGCUGCAUCAGCCCUUACCCGGUCUAUGUUAGCAGAAGCUGCAGGUCAGUGACAUGUGCGAGAAACUGGUCCAAGCAUGCCACCA